AUGGCCAGUGAGGAAGUCUUGAAGAAUAGAGCCAUAAAGAAAGCAAAGCGCAGAAAUGUUGGAUUCGAAUCUGACACUGGAGGAGCCUUUAAAGGUUUUAAAGGUUUGGUGGUACCUUCUGGAGGAGGACGCUUUCCUGGAUUUGGUAGUGGCGCUGGAGGGAAGCCUUUGGAAGGACUGUCGAAUGGAAACAACAUAACCAGUGCCCCUCCCUUCACCAGUGCAAAGGCAGCGGCAGAGCCCAAGGUAGCCUUUGGUUCUCUUGCUGCAAACGGCCCUACCGCCUUGGUUGAUAAAGUUUCAAAUCCCAAAACUAAUGGGGACAGUCAGCAGCCCUCCUCCUCUGGCCUUGCUUCCAGUAAAGCUUGUGUCGGAAAUGCCUAUCACAAGCAGUUGGCCGCCUUGAACUGCUCCGUGCGGGAUUGGAUAGUGAAGCACGUGAAUACAAACCCCCUCUGUGAUCUGACACCUAUCUUUAAAGACUAUGAGAAAUAUUUAGCAAACAUUGAACAGCAACACGGGAACAGUGGCAGGAAUUCUGAAAGUGAAUCUAACAAAGUGGCGGCUGAAACACAGUCUCCUUCCCUUUUUGGCUCAACAAAAUUACAGCAAGAGUCAACGUUUUUGUUUCAUGGCAACAAAACUGAAGAUACACCUGACAAGAAGGUGGAGGUGGCAUCUGAAAAGAAAACGGACCCAUCAUCACUAGGAGCGACAAGUGCCUCAUUUAAUUUUGGCAAGAAAGUUGAUAGCUCUGUUUUGGGCUCAUUAAGCUCUGUCCCCCUGACUGGAUUUUCUUUCUCCCCUGGAAACUCCAGUUUAUUUGGCAAAGAUACUACCCAGAGUAAACCAGUGUCUUCACCACUUCCCACUAAACCAUUGGAGGGCCAAGCGGAAGGUGACAGUGGUGAAUGCAAAGGUGGAGAUGAAGAAGAGAAUGAUGAGCCGCCCAAAGUAGUAGUUACCGAAGUAAAAGAAGAUGCUUUUUACUCCAAAAAGUGUAAACUGUUUUACAAGAAAGACAAUGAGUUUAAAGAGAAAGGCAUAGGUACUCUGCAUUUAAAACCUACAGCAAAUCAGAAGACACAGCUUUUGGUGCGGGCAGACACCAAUUUAGGCAACAUAUUGCUGAAUGUUCUGAUUCCACCCAAUAUGCCAUGUACGCGAACAGGGAAGAAUAACGUUCUUAUCGUCUGUGUUCCAAAUCCACCAAUUGACGAGAAGAAUGCCACCAUGCCAGUCACCAUAUUGAUUCGGGUAAAAACCAGCGAGGAUGCAGACGAGUUGCACAAAAUUUUACUGGAGAAAAAGAAUGCCUGAACACGCGAAGUCGGCUGCGGAAUUAUUGCCAAGUUCCUGCUUCUUCCACCGCCCCUUAGUCAGUUUUUCUUCUCUUCUUUGACAUUCUAAGAACUUAUAGAUAACUUAAAACUUUUGUGAGGAAGAUUAAUGUGGCCAAUAAAACCUUUAAAUGUUAA